AUGGCCAUGAGCACUCCUCAGCUCCCCACUUGCCUACUUAAUGACAGCCAGAGGGACCUGAGCUUGAGACGGGCAGAUAAGCUUCUACGGCCCGGGCACCACCACCGCAGGGCGCAGAAACCUCCGGAGGCCGCAGGGGAAGGCGGUUCGCCCCCCAGUGCCCGAGCACCGGAGAAGGAGAAUGAUGAUAGUCUCUUCGUGUACGAUUGCGUCAACGCGGAGAAGGCGGCCUUAGGAAAUAAAGGACAGGAUGGAAAACCGAUAGAUAAAGGAAGUGAUGACAUCCUAGCUUUUGCCUUCUCCCCAUCAGGAGAUUAUUUUGCCUUGACAGAUAACUGCAAACGUCUGAUCUUGUUCCAUACAAAGCCUUCCUGGAAAUGUGUUAGCAUCAGGUCUGUGAACAGGAGGUGCACUUCCCUGAUUAUUACAGCUGCAGAAGAUAAGAUUCUGGUUGCAGACAAGUCUGGCGAUGUCUAUUCUUACUCAAUAACAGAACCCCAAGCAGAUGGAAAACUUGAGCUGGGUCAUGUGUCUCUGGUAUUGGAUGUGACAUUGAGUCCUGAUGACCAGUAUAUCCUGACUGCAGACAGAGAUGAGAAGAUCAGAGUCAGCUUGGCAAAGGCUCCUUAUAUUAUCGUGUCUUUCUGUCUGGGACACAGAGAGUUUGUAAGCAAAAUACUUGUAACACCCAACUAUCCUGAUCUGCUGUUGUCAGCCUCUGGGGACUCAACUCUGAGACUUUGGGAGUACAAAAGUGGGGAAGAAGUGUACUGCUGUCAUCUAAGCAGCAUCUGUGGACCUGAGGCAACCAAAACUGACCAGAAAUACACUGUGUCAAGAAUAACCUACUGCUGUCAAGGUAGUUAUGCUGCCAUUCUGUGUGACAGUAUUCCCACAGUCUACGUCUUUCAGCUUGAUGCCAUUGCCCGGCAGCUAGUUUACAAACAGAAAAUCUCUUUGAAACACAAAGUUUGGGACAUUGCAUUUGAGGAAACGGGGGAUCUAUGGAUUUUGCAGGAAGACAAUGAAGCUCCUCUUCAAUUGUACAGACCGUGUGAUGGACAGUGGAAGCCUAUAACUGAUGACAAAGGAUUACAGAAGAUGUCAAAACAUCUUCAAGACAACUGGACAGUGUUUGAAGCUUUUGUUGGCGCAGAGAGCCGCUACAGCAGUCUGUACAAGGCUUCAUUUGAUAACACGGCCGACUACCUGCAGAGGAAAGAGGAGAGGUUACAGCACCAGAAAAAGAAAAGGCAGGACCUGCAACAUGGUUCGAAUGGACAAACAAAAAAGAUGAAGACUGAAGAAUCCUCGCUAUGA